AGACUGGAUUAGUGGCCAGUUUUCGGUUGAACUAGUUGGACCGGCCGGUCCAAUUUUUAAAACCUUGAUUUUUUUUCACGUUUUUUUUAAAGUACUCAGCAAAGUUACACACUUAUACCACGCCAUCUCGGAACCACUGUCUCUUUGUUAACUUUCCAAAAUAUUCAGAUUAUUGUCGUUCAGAGAAAAAUUUUCCCUUUUUGUUACUGCAAAUUGCUAUUGGAUCCAACAGACCCAUUUCACUUAACACUUUCUCUCUCUCUCUCUCUCUGGGGGAUUGAGCUCUUCUUGUUAUCCCACAAGAUCUGAUUGCAAUUGCUCGCUUUUCUAACUGUAUUCAACUGGAUAUUAUUCUUGAAUGCUAUUCCAGUCUUAGCGCAAUUUCAUUGGUUUUGAAAACAGUUUCAUAAUCAGGACUGGUGGGCAAGUGGAUGCAAAACGGGAUGGUAGAAUGCAGUGUUUGCCAUUCAAAACUGUUGUCCCCAACUUCUAGAACUGUUUCAAGGGCAUACGACCGGCAUAGAACUGAUGUUUCCUCAAAGAGUCGAGUCUUGAACAUCCUUUUGGUUGUUGGAGAUUGCAUCUUGGUUGGUUUACAGCCUAUAUUGGUCUAUAUGUCCAAGGUGGAUGGGAAAUUCAUGUUUAGUCCUAUUAGUGUUAACUUUUUGACAGAGGCAGCAAAAGUUAUUUUUGCUAUUGUUAUGCUUUUGAUCCAGGGUCGACGUAAGAAAGUUGGUGAGAAAUCUCUCCUCUCUGUGUCUACAUUUGUACAGGCAGCUCAAAAUAAUGUGCUUCUCGCCGUUCCCGCUCUCCUUUAUGCUAUUAAUAAUUAUUUAAAGUUCAUUAUGCAGCUCUAUUUUAAUCCUGCAACUGUGAAGAUGCUAAGCAAUUUAAAGGUUUUGGUAAUUGCCAUUUUGUUGAAAAUAAUCAUGAAGCGGCAGUUUUCUAUUAUUCAGUGGGAGGCUCUUGCUCUGUUGCUCAUUGGAAUUAGUGUCAAUCAGCUGAAAUCUCUGCCUGGGGGCACCACUGCUUUAGGUCUUCCAGUUGAUACAGGAGCAUACUUAUACACAUUGAUUUUUGUCACUGUUCCAUCGAUGGCAUCAGUCUUCAAUGAGUAUGCUUUGAAGAGUCAAUUUGAGACUAGCAUUUACCUUCAGAACUUGUUUCUAUAUGGUUAUGGUGCCAUGUUCAACUUCCUAGCUAUUCUUGGAAUUGCCAUUUUCAAAGGUCCCGGCAGCUUGGAUAUACUACAAGGACAUUCCAAGGCUACCAUGCUUUUAAUUUGCAACAAUGCAGCUCAAGGGAUUUUAUCAUCAUUCUUUUUCAAAUAUGCAGAUACAAUUUUGAAAAAAUAUUCCUCAACUGUUGCAACAAUUUUUACAGGAAUAGCAUCUGCUGCACUGUUUGGUCAUGCACUGACUAUCAACUUUAUUUUAGGAAUCUCUAUUGUGUUCAUUUCUAUGCAUCAGUUCUUUUCACCACUCUCAAAGAUUAAGGACGAACCACAGAAUGUUAAUUUUGAAAUGAUCGACAAUCAGAACAACCAAAGGUCAAAGGAUACAUCAUUUGUAAAUAUGGCAGCUGGAGCAAAUGAGGAUGCAAGCCACCAUGUUGGAUGUGAUGGGAAAGCGCCGCUUCUUCCCCACUAAGGUAACUUUGGUAACUUUACAAUUUUCUGGUUCUAGGAGCAUCUCAAUCACUUUUACCAGUCAAUUGAAACAAGAGGCGCCUUUGAAGUACUUGCUAGAACUUAAAAACUACCUGUGGAGACAGAAACCAGUCUAAAUAAUUGCAAGCCUGUCUCAGAGUUGGGUAUUCAGGUCUAGUUGUCAUUUAGAAGAAUAAUAUUUCUACAUAAGAUAAUGUUGAGGCGUUAUUAUAUAAUAAAAUGUCAAAAUUUAAAAUUUCCUGAAUCAUGUUUGUUGCUAACAUUUGCACUUUCACCUAUCUGAAUCCCAAACCUGAAAAAAGUUCAUUGUAACUAAGAGCUAAUGCAUUUUUUUAAAAAAAAUACCAAAAACCUGCACAAUCAAAUCCUUCACUUGUGUUAUUAUUUAGGAAAUGAAGAAAAGUUAUUUGUGUGUGUGUGUGUGUGUGUGUGAGAGAGAGAGAGAGAGAGAGAGAGAGAGAGAGAGAGAAGUUUCCCUAGAUACCUCCGUUGUUCAUGGCUUUGAAGCCUUCGUUCUUUUAAAAGGAAAAAAUGGAAAAGAAAAAGGGAAUAGCUUUAUUUGUUUCGAUCAAUCACUCAAUCUACAGUUAUACCUACAUUAUCCUUUGCAGCUGUAGUAUAUCACUGUCAAAUCCAAAUUUCGGUUGCUAGUUGCAACAAACAAAUAUUUAGCUGAAGAAAGAUUUGGCAGAGUUCAGAUAUCAAAUUUGAAAUUGAAAUUGAAAUUGGUUCUAGGUAGGUAGCCAACUGUAAAGUUUCUGGAAGGAUUUCAUGCUUUAAUGGGUCUUAAAAAAUUUUGAAUGAUGGAUCUGGAAUAUCCAGUCAGUUUAGAUGUAUAAUUGAAAAUUUUAAUAAAACUAAGAUUUCCUAAGUUAAAUUUUGAUAAAGUUUCAUCAUUGAAAAAACAAAUGACCUCACACUUAUCACCAUAUAUAUAAUUUGAUUUUUGCAGUCUGGAUUCUGUAAUAUAUCUGCCCUAAUUUCCUAAAGAAUAAAAAAAAAAAAAACAGAUACUAUACUCCAGUUGAAGCUUUGAAACCGAAUUUAAAAUUAAAGACAAUACCAAAGGUGUUAAACCAUGCUACAUAUGUUAGAAAAGCUAGUGGCCUAUAAUAAAUGCAAGUGAAGUGCAAUCACUGGCAAUUAGAUCUUUGCUGAAGUUCUUUUUCACUAAAAUAUGUUUUCCGUUGAUAAUGUGCUUCAGCAAGAAAAUUAUAUUUGUGGGCAAUGCCCUUGUGUGUGUUCUACAUAAAAAUUUCCUUGAUUCCUUGUGUUUCAUGCUUAAAUACCUAAUGAUAACAAUGGAACUGGUAAUUUGUGUUGAUGAAAGUAGACUAAAUUGCACUUCACCUUCUCUUUUUUAUUUCUUCUUUUUUGGGAAGGGAGUGGGGAGCAGGUGUUUACCCUUUUCCAGUGAUAGCAAAAAUUUUGGCGAAAAUCAUCGAAAUGCUAAUACUUAUACACCUAAAAAAUGGAUGAGGGAAAAUAUUAUGUACUGCCGUUUUUAUGUCCUUGUGGCUUCACUACCUUCCUCCAUAUCAAGAAAUUAUUUUGUUGUUAGGAUUCUUGCUGUUUGGUAUUAAAUGGGCUUAUGCCGAAGACACUGGCCGAAAAUAUUAGUUGUUGUAGAGUUUAGAAAUUUUCCCCCUUUUAAUUAUUCAAUUUCAUUAAAAAAAGAAAAGAAGUGCUACCCAGGUACAUGGGCUGUAUACAGGAAAAAAAGAAGAAGAAGGAAAAUGGAGAGUUUGGAAUUUAGUUCCAUUUUGUCUGAUGUGGAUGAUUUGGAGGGAGAGGAAUAACAGAAUUUGAAGGAGAUGAAGUGCUGCCUGGCAGACUAAAGCAUUUUCUUUUUGAGCUCUGUUUCGGUGUAAGUAUAUUGGGUGCAGUAUGUAUUCUUUUUUUUUUUUUGGAUUAUUUAGAUUCUUUAUCUGUAAUUUGUAAUCUUUGGGGUACUUUACUACACCAACCUAUGUAUAGUUUCUAGUUUUCUUAAUUGCUUUAUUUAUCAAAAGAUCUUAGACAAGU